AUGGCGAAGUCCAAGAACGCGUCUCAGCACCACAACAGCCAGAAGGCUCACCGUAACGGUAUCAAGAAGCCCAAGACCCACCGUUACCCCUCCCUCAAGGGUGUCGACCCCAAGUUCCGCCGCAACCACAGACACGCCCUUCACGGAACCGCUAAGGCUCUGAAGGAGCGCAAGGAGGGCAAGCGCGAGAUCGCAUAA